AUGGAAGCAGAGAAGAGCAUUGGAGGCAAUGGCGAGAUCGCCGAGACAGAAGAGGAAGUGAACAAUAAGAAGAGCAAGCGACAUCGACGAGGAGGCAUAAGAGCUUUACCUUUCAUCCUUGCAAAUGAAAUAUGUGACAGAUUUGCGAGCUCUGGUUUUCAUUCGAACAUGAUAACCUACCUUACACAACAGAUGAACAUGCCAUUGGUAUCAGCCUCCAUCACUCUCACCAACUUUACUGGCACAUCAAACUUCACUCCUCUGCUUGGUGCUUUCAUUGCUGAUUCCUAUGCUGGCCGAUUUUGGACCAUUGUUGUGGCUUCUUUCAUCUAUGAACUGGGAUUGGUUGUGAUAACUGUAUCAGCUGUACUGCCAUAUCUGCACCCCACACCAUGCCCAACUCAAGUGAAUUGCCAAAAAGCCACAUCAUCACAACUAUGGAUACUCUACACCUCUCUAUUCCUCAUUUCACUUGGGACAGGUGGUAUUAGACCUUGUGUUGUGCCCUUUUCAGCAGACCAAUUUGAUAUGACCAAGAAAGGUGUGGAAUCAAGGAAGUGGAACCUCUUCAAUUGGUACUUUUUUUGCAUGGGAUUGGCUUCUCUAAGUGCUUUGACCAUUGUGGUUUACAUUCAAGACAACUUGGGUUGGGGCUGGGGCCUUGGGAUUCCAACCAUUGCAAUGUUCUUAUCCAUCAUAGCCUUUGUGUUGGGCUCACCACUCUAUAAGACUGUGAAACCAGGUAGUAGUCCAUUGGUUCGUUUGGCCCAAGUGCUUGUGGCAGCUAUAAGGAAGAGGAAGGAGGCUUUGCCAGAGGAUCCCAAGUUUUUGUACCAAAAUAGGGAGCUCGAUGCUGCUAUUUCUUUGGAAGGAAGGCUUUUACACGCCGAUCAAUUUAAAUGGUUAGACAAGGCUGCAACUGUGACAGAGGAAGAGUCCAGAGAUCCAAAUGCACCACCAAACUUGUGGAAAUUAGCCACUGUCCACAGAGUUGAGGAGCUAAAAUGCAUAAUUAGAAUGCUUCCAAUUUGGGCAUCAGGAAUUUUGCUCGUAACUGCUUCAUCAAAUCAACAAAGCUUUGUGAUUCAACAAGCUCGCACAAUGAACCGUCACCUCUCUCAUUCAUUCCAAAUUCCCCCAGCUAGCAUGUCCAUUUUCAAUGUUCUAACCAUGAUAGUAGGUGUUGUUCUCUAUGAACGCCUCUUUGUUCCCUUUGCCCGUAGAUUCACUGGGAAACCUUCAGGAAUCACAUGCCUACAAAGAAUGGGAGUAGGUUUUGUUGUUAACAUUGUAGCCACAUUAGUUUCAGCACUUGUGGAAAUCAAAAGAAAACAAGUUGCUGCCAAGUACCAUUUAUUAGAUGAUCCUAAUGCCACUAUUCCUAUUAGUGUAUUUUGGUUGGUACCACAAUAUUGUCUACAUGGGGUGGCUGAAGUUUUCAUGAUUGUUGGACACUUGGAAUUUCUCUAUGAUCAAUCACCUGAAAGCAUGAGAAGUAGUGCUACUGCUCUAUAUUGCAUAACUACAGCAAUUGGAAACUAUGUUGGUACAUUAUUGGUGUCACUAGUGCAUAAGUAUUCUGGCAAGGAAAGGAAUUGGUUACCUAAUAGGAACCUCAAUAGGGGUAGAUUGGAGUGCUAUUAUUUUCUUGUUAGUGGGAUUCAAGUUAUAAAUCUCAUUUAUUAUUUAAUAUGUGCUUGGUUUUACACUUACAAGCCCUUGGAGGAAGUUAGUGAAAUAAACAAGCAAGAAGAUUUGGAACAGGAUAAUGAAAUUGUCUCAUCUGUCAAGGUAAACGAUGGUACGGAGGAAGAAAAGAGAGAAAUUACUAAUAAUGAAUGA